CUCCGCCCGCCCGGCCGCGCCCCCGGGGGCCAUGGUCGCUGGGCCCUGCGCGGGGGCGGCCCCCAGCGCGGCGCUUCAUGGAGCGGCCCCGGCCCGGCCGCCGGGGGCAGCGCGAUCCCGCGGGGCCCUGUGAGCCCCCAGCGCCACGGCACCAUGUUGCUGGUUGAAAAGACCACCGACUCACCGGCGGCCGAGUUCUCGCUGGUGGAGGACGUGGCGCUGCACUUCGCCUGCUUGAUGGGCCGUCUGAACGAGCAGCGCCUCUUCCAGCCUGACCUCUGCGACGUGGACCUGGUGCUGGUGCCCCAGCGCAGCGUCUUCCCAGCUCACAAGGGCGUGCUGGCCGCCUACAGCCAGUUCUUCCACUCGCUCUUCACCCAGAACAAGCAGCUGCAGCGCGUGGAGCUGUCCCUGGAGGCGCUGGCGCCCGGCGGCCUGCAGCAGAUCCUUAACUUCAUCUACACGUCCAAGCUGCUGGUGAACGCGGCCAACGUCCACGAGGUGCUCAGUGCUGCCCUGCUGCUACAGAUGGCUGACAUCGCCGCGUCCUGCCAGGAGCUGCUGGACGCCCGCUCCCUUGGCCCCUCGGGCCCCACCGGCGGCGCUGUGGCCCUGGCCCAGCCGGCUGCCAGCUGCACACCACCGGCCGCACCACCGUACUACUGCGACAUCAAGCAGGAGGCCGACGCCCCGGGCCUGCCCAAGAUCUACGCCCGCGAGGGCCCUGACCCCUACUCCGUGCGCGUGGAGGACGGGGCAGGGACUGCAGGUGGUACAGUGCCUGCUGCCCUUGGGCCAGCUCAGCCCUUCUUCAAGGAGGAGAAGGAGGGUGGUGUAGAGGAGGCGGGCGGGCCCCCGGCCGGCCUGUGCAAGCUGGAGGGUGGGGAGGAGCUGGAGGAAGAGCUUGGGGGUUCUGGCACCUACAGCCGCCGGGAGCAGUCCCAGAUCAUCGUGGAGGUGAACCUCAACAACCAGACGCUGCACGUGUCCACGGGGCCCGAGGGGAAGCCGGGCGCGGCCACAGGCCCGGCCACCAUGGUGCUGGGCCGGGAGGACGGGCUACAAAGGCACACGGAGGACGAGGAGGAGGAGGAGGACGAAGAAGAGGAGGAGGGUGGGGGCAGUGGGGGGGAGGAGGAGGAGGAGGAGGAGGAGGGCGGCAGUCAGGCAGAGGAAGAGGACGAGGAGGAGGAAGGGCACAGCGAGCAGGAGGAGGAGGAGGAAGAGGAGGAGGAGGAAGGACACAGCGAGCAGGAGCAGGAGAGCUCCGAGGAGGAAGAGGAGGAGGAGGAGGAAGAGGAGGAGGGUGAAGGGGAGGUGGUGGGGCGGCAGGGCCCGGCGGGGCGGCAGGGCAGCCGGGCAGACCCCCCUCCCCACAGCCGCAUGGCCACGCGGUCCCGGCGCCGGGCCCCCCCUGAGCCUGAGGAGGCCGGGCAGCGUGGUGGGAAGCGGGCAAAGCCGCCCCCAGGAGUGGCCCCGGCAUCGGCACCAGCUCGAGGGCCACAGGCCACUGACGGGUUGGGGGCCAAGGUGAAGCUGGAGGAGAAGCAGCACCACCCGUGCCAGAAGUGCCCGCGUGUUUUCAACAACCGCUGGUACCUGGAGAAACACAUGAAUGUGACCCACAGCCGCAUGCAGAUCUGCGACCAGUGUGGCAAGCGCUUCCUGCUGGAGAGUGAGCUGCUGUUGCACCGGCAGACAGACUGUGAGCGCAACAUCCAGUGUGUGACAUGCGGCAAAGCUUUUAAGAAGCUCUGGUCCCUCCACGAGCAUAACAAGAUUGUGCAUGGCUAUGCAGAGAAGAAGUUCUCGUGUGAGAUCUGCGAGAAGAAGUUCUACACCAUGGCUCAUGUGCGCAAGCACAUGGUUGCCCACACCAAGGACAUGCCCUUCACCUGCGAGACCUGUGGGAAGUCCUUCAAACGCAGCAUGUCUCUCAAGGUGCACUCGCUGCAGCACUCCGGGGAGAAGCCCUUCCGAUGUGAGAACUGCAAUGAGCGCUUCCAGUACAAGUACCAGCUGCGGUCACACAUGAGCAUCCACAUUGGCCAUAAGCAGUUCAUGUGCCAGUGGUGUGGCAAGGACUUCAAUAUGAAGCAGUACUUCGAUGAGCACAUGAAGACCCACACAGGGGAGAAGCCGUACAUCUGUGAGAUCUGCGGGAAGAGCUUCACCAGCCGGCCCAACAUGAAGCGGCACCGGCGCACGCACACCGGCGAGAAGCCUUACCCUUGCGACGUCUGCGGCCAGCGCUUCCGCUUCUCCAACAUGCUCAAGGCCCACAAGGAGAAAUGCUUCCGAGUCAGCCACCCUCUGGCUGGCGACGGCGCCCCCUCUGCCCCAGGCCUGCCCCCUGCCCAGCCUCAGGCUCCCGCACUGCCACUGCUCCCAGGGCUGCCCCAGACCAUGCCGCCCCCGCCCCACCUGCCGCCCCCGCCCCCGCUCUUCCCUACCACUGCCAACAGCGGCGGGAGGAUGACCGCCAACAACUGACCCCCAAGUGCACACGCAGGACCUGGAGUCCGGGGGCGACCCCGCUGGCCUGGCAUCGCCGCCCCCACAUCCAGAGGCCGCUGGACACGCUCUGCUUCAGACCCCUGCCCCUGAUGGGGAUGCGGGCUGGCAGGUCCCCGGAGCUGGUGGAGGACACCUCACUCCCAAGUGCCCCCCUUUCAAUGACUCCUUGAAGCCUUUACUUUUUUUUUUUUUUUUUUUGGAAGUGAAG